CUCCAGACGGCCGUCCAGCCUCCACUGAUCCGGAGCGGCAGAUCCGCGCUCUCCGUCCCCGCUGGCUGACAGGCUCGGCCGGGAUCCUCUUCAUCACCGACCGCUCUGCGGGAUCCGCUCGGUCCGGACCCUGGACGGUAACGGACCAAAGGUUCAGACAGGAAAAAGAUGAUGAGCUGACCUCGCAGCUGCAGCCAUGGCCGACCCGUGGACCACGCUCGUGGUCGUCUUCCAGCUCUGGAUCUUCACGGUUCUGUUCCUCAUCAUGCUGCCCGCCAUGUUCGGCCUGUCCCUGGGCGUCACAGGCGUCUACAUCCAGAUCCUGGUCCGGAUCCUCGAGUGGGCAACAAUCCGUAUCCAGCGAGGACGGCAGGAGCAGUCCCACAUACCUGUCCCUCUGCCCACAGGGAUCAUUGAUCGGGAGAGCGGCUCAAUGGAGGAAGAGAUGGUGCAGCGACGACGCACUCAGUCCCUGGCGAAGGGGGAGUUUGAUCCGAGCGACGUAAUGUAUUUCUACAAAAAGGGCUUGGAGAGCAUCGUGGACGACGAGGUGACGCAAUGCUUCUCCUCCGAGGAGCUGGCCUCCUGGAACCUCCUGACUCGCACCAACCAGAACUUCCGCUACAUCAGCCUCCGCCUCACCAUCAUCUGGGGCAUGGGCGUCCUUGUGCGAUACUGCAUCCUCUUCCCUCUCAGGAUUACUCUGGCCCUCAUCGGCCUCUCGUGGCUCGUCAUCGGCACUUCACUGGUCGGAUUUCUGCCGGAAAGCAGUGUGAAGAUCUGGCUGAGCGAGUUGGUCCACCUGACCUGCUACAGGAUCUGUGCCCGAGGACUCUCCGCCACCAUCCACUACCACAACAAAGAGAACCGACCCAAGAAAGGAGGAAUCUGCGUCGCGAAUCACACCACGCCGAUCGACGUGGUGAUUCUGGCCAACGAUGGUUGCUAUGCCAUGGUGGGACAGAUUCACGGAGGCCUGCUGGGGGUCAUUCAGCGGUCCAUGGUGAGAUCCUGCCCCCACAUUUGGUUUGAACGGUUGGAGAUGAAAGACCGGCAUGCUGUGACCAGCAGGCUGAGAGCUCACGUCGCAGCAAGGACUAAACUUCCCAUCCUCAUAUUUCCUGAAGGAACCUGCAUCAACAACACGUCGGUCAUGAUGUUCAAGAAGGGAAGCUUUGAAAUCGGAGGGACGAUUUAUCCAGUUGCUAUUAAGUAUGACCCCCGGUUCGGUGAUGCUUUCUGGAACAGCAGCAAGUUCAACAUGGUCAGCUACCUGCUGCGUAUGAUGACCAGCUGGGCCAUCGUUGUCAACGUAUGGUAUCUCCCUCCCAUGACCUUACAGGAUGACGAGGACGCAGCACACUUUGCCAACAGAGUGAAAUCUGCCAUCGCUCAUCAGGGAGGGCUGCUGGACCUUGCAUGGGACGGAGGGCUGAAGAGAGGAAAGGUGAAGGACUCCUUUAAGGAGGAGCAACAGAAGAUGUACAGCAGCAUCGUGGUGGGGCAGAAUGACAUGGAACCACCAGGAACACAUGGCGAGAACAUCAAGGAUCAAUAAUUCAGGACACAAUCAGUCGCCAAGUUCAUCCUCCUUCCUGCCAUGUGUUGGAAAGCUAGAGACCUUGGAAAUGUCAGAGCUGAAGCCGAUGUUUCUGGAACCAGUUCUUUACUCAAUUUACACUUUUCUAUGAAAUUCAACAAACUCAAAUGAAAUCAGUAUUUUUUAGGAAAGGAGCGUGUAGGAGCGUGAGUCCACCAGCAGGGGGCAGUGUGUGACAACAUACUCACCCUGGCUCUCUCCUCAUCCUCCUCAUCAUCGGUCAGGACUGAUGUGUCCUCAGGCUGCAGUCCCAACUCCACUCUGUCGUCAUGGCGCUGGCUGUCAUCGGGACGUUUGUGAACCAAACACGAGGAAGGAAACAAACUCAAACCCACAAACGCCUCAGAUCCCAGCAGGCUUGCUCACCGAGCCCAAACCAAGGACUUUCUUUUGGUUUAUGAGGACUUUCUCCAUGUUUUUGUUGAUGCAGGUCUGAAAAAGGUCUAAUAUCCAAGUAAUGAGUGUGAUCCAAGUGUAACAGCUGUGAAGCAAAAGUAGCUGCAUCACCUCGGUAGUGUGUCAGUCAGUAGUUACUGCAAUCGAGUUGUUAACGGCCACGAGGAGAGCUAAAACAACCAGCUGCUGCAACUUUCACGGUUUCAGAUGUUCACUGGACAAGUAGCAUAGGAAUAUUUGUAGUUAAAAAGCUUCUGGCCUAAUCAGUCUGAGAAGGUGAAACCAGCUUCAGGCCGCAGGGCAGUCUCCUGUCAGAGAGCUGCAGGACGCCUGGAAUAAAGCAGCAAGAGAGCCGUGGAAGCAGAGCAAAGGAAGAUACAUGAAGAGGAAAACAUUAUC